GGCGUUAAAUAAUAUCUCUGCCGGCUCUUUUGUUUUUUUGGUUUUUCAACGGCUGCGAUUUUCUUUCUCUCUGACCAAACCCAUCUUCCAAAGUUUUCGUCUUUCUCUCUCAACAUUUUUGCUUUUUCGUUCCCUAAAUUCCCAUCAAAGUUUUCGGCCAUCUCCAGGUUCCCGAGCAAACCCGAUACUUCACGCAAGAGCGACCCAAAACUACUAAGUUUUGGUUGUUUGUGUUUAUAAAGUUUGAAAAUUUCCCGUUGGAAUUAAUGGGUUACGAGCCUGAUCCGGAUGCUCUUCGGUGGGGUCUUCAUGAUCUGGAGGUCUGUACACUUACAAAUGCUGGUUCUUGCUCUAGCGUAACUCGGUAUGAGACAGAUGCUGUUACUCAAGGCUAUGUUAGAGAAGGUUACAACCAGCCUUUGACUGGUUAUGUAGACAAUGAUGCGGUGAUCGCUCAGUUUUAUCAAGACGAGUUGUCUAGAGUUGAUCGAGCUGAAGCAUCGGGGCUCAAUAAUCCUAGUCGAACUUCAGUUGUUGCACAAGAAUGGCCUAACAACCCUCAUCAAGGGCAGGAGAAUCAAGGUGAAGCCAUUGAUAUAUCCCGGGAGAGUGAUAAUCUUCAUAAAGAUAAAGGUGACAUGGAAGAUAAGAAUGUUUCAAGGAUAGGGAAUCAAGGAGAGCAAAGUUCCCCAGGUCAGGAUGAUGACUCACUUUGUUCUGUAGAAAUAGAAGAAGAGUCUUGGUCAUUGGAUUCUGAGGUUGGGAAGCGACUGAACCAAAUGUUACCUGUUGCUCAUGUACCGAAAAUUAAUGGAGAAUUACCGUCAGAGGAUGAACAGAUUUCUGAUCAUGAACGGCUAUUUCAGAGAUUACAGCUCUAUGGCUUGGUGGAGAACAAGAUUCAAGGAGAUGGAAACUGCCAGUUUCGGUCACUAUCAGAUCAGCUUUACCGCUCUCCAGAGCACCACAAUUUUGUCAGAGAACAAGUUGUUAAUCAGCUUGCGUACAAUCGAGAGAUGUAUGAAGGUUAUGUUCCAAUGGCAUACACUGACUAUCUUAAAACAAUGAAACGGAAUGGAGAGUGGGGUGAUCAUGUUACUCUUCAGAGGGAUCUCCUUUGAAAUUUUGGUGUUCGGAUGUUUGUGAUAACUUCAUUCAAAGAUACAUGCUACAUUGAAAUCUUGCCUCAUUUUCAGAAGUCUAAUCGCCUUAUAUGCUUAAGCUUCUGGGCUGAGGUUCAUUACAAUUCAAUCUACCCUGAAGGAGAGCUGCCGAUACAGGAGGGGAAGAAGAAGAAGAAAUAUUGGGUUUUCUAAGCUCUGUUUCUUCUGAUGGAAGCACGAAGUUGAUGAAGACUGGAUAUUAAUGUUUUUAUUCUUUUUACUAACUUAAAGUAUUUUAGUUGUAGAGAGCAAUAUGCUCUUGUACAUACUGAACAUAAUCCCAUUAACCACAGGAGUGUGCACAUUUUGUUUUUGA